AUGACGACCUACUCAGCUCUUCCAAUGGGGGCUAUCUGCUAUCCAUGCUACCCAGAGGAUCCUCUUUACCCAUGCAUCCAACCAAAAUGGCUCCUCGAUAUUGACACCACAGCCGUCCAGUACUGGCUCCUACCUGGCGUGCCUGACAUCAAAUUCUACCUCGAAAUCGAGCAGCAUAUUGACAUCCAGAAUGCGAGGUACGCUCUGGGUGUUCGCGUGUUUCAGAACGUAUCUGACAUCGAGACGAUGCUGUGCUGGGUUGGGAUAGAAGGUCAGAUCAGGGCGAAGGUGUUGAAGGAUUGGUAUCAGAGAAUUACCCUGAUGCAGGUUUCGAUUGAGAGGGAGAGGUCUCUUAUGCCUAGUCUUGCUUUGCCUUAUGACUUGGGAGAACAUAAUGAGAGUGAAUACGACAGCGACCAGGACGGGGAGUACGAGGUAGAUGAUGAAUAUGUGGUCAACCAUGAAAUGGCAGAUUUCAAUCUCGUCAACGCACCCACCACCAACAACAACAAUGCCUUCACGAACAACCACAUGGAAGUCCGCCAGGUUCAAGAAAAGCAGUACAACAACAAAAUAGUCCAGCCAGCCACUGCAUCCCACGAUUUCUGGCCCCUCCUGAACAGUAUGGUCGUUCGAGACUUGGAUUUCAUGAGGUUGCAGAUGGAGCUAUACUGCCCUCACAUCGCGAACGAGAUCAACUGGGAUUUCCUGCUCUGUGAACCAUGCACCGACGUCUCGGUUAUGAUUUUUCUGUACGUUACGAGUGUAUGGCAGUCACGGCCUAGGGGCAAGGAAGGUGAGCUUGCUGGGCCGAUCAUUUGGUCGUUGGCUCUGCAGCUGCGCGUUCUUGUGCCCAGUGAGCAGGUUUUGAGGGUCUUGGAGCUCACGACUGCUGCUGAGGAGAUUCCGGGAUUGCUAUCUAUUCACCAAUGGCAGUAG